ACACACACUCAGCCAGGCUGCUGCGGAGUCGGAGACUCUCAGCUGCCGCGCCGGGGCUUGAGCGGCCGCCUCCUUCCCUUCCUCCCUCCCUCCUUCCCUCCGUUCCCUCCGUCCGUCCGUCCGUGCGUCCGUCCCCUCUCCUCCCGGCCCGGAAACCCGGAGCCGCCGCUCGGAGACCCAGCGUGCCUGCCAGGCUGUGCCCAGGUUCAUAGCCAUGCCAAUCUGUGGGUGAAGCUUGAAGCAGGAAUGGAGCCACCGCAACAGCAGCAGCAGCAGAAACAGCCACAUCUGGCUUCUCUGCAAAUGGAUGUCCGGGAGAAGCAGGGAUCGCAGACGAGAGAAGCCCAGUUUCUGUAUGCCCCAAAGUUGGCCACACAACCUACUCUGCUUUCUGCCACACCUGGGAGACCUGGUGGCCCCGUCCUGGGUCCCUUAGCAAGGAUUCCACCAACCACUCCUGUGGCCCGAGUGUUUGAACGGAGCAAUGUGAACUCAGAACCUGAGGAAGAUGAAGGAGGUCUGGAAGAUGAGGAUGGGGAAGAUGAUGUUGCAGAGGUGGCUGAAAAAGAGGCCCAGGCUGCCAAAUAUUUUCAUGUGCAGAAAACAGCUCACCAAGAACCCAGAGCAGCACCCAUGUCCAGUCUGCAUCCAACACCAGGCCUCCCACCACAAGACCACACCAGGGAUGCUUCCAAGGCCCCUCCUCCUGUCUCCACCACCGGGCAGCCGAGCUGGAAUCUGGAUGAGCAGCUUAAGCAGAAUGGUGCUUUGGCCUGGACUGAUGACGCUGAUGGAGGCCGAGGAAGAGAGAUCUCUCGAGAUUUUGCCAAGCUGUAUGAACUGGAUGGUGAUCCCGAAAGGAAAGAGUUCCUGGAUGACCUCUUCAUCUUUAUGCAGAAGAGGGGAACCCCCAUUAACCGGAUCCCCAUCAUGGCUAAACAGAUCCUGGACCUGUACAUGCUGUAUAAGCUGGUGACAGAGAAGGGCGGGCUGGUGGAGAUAAUCAACAAGAAGAUCUGGAGGGAGAUCACCAAAGGCCUGAACCUGCCCACGUCCAUCACCAGUGCCGCCUUCACCCUCAGGACCCAGUACAUGAAGUACCUGUACGCCUAUGAGUGUGAGAAGAAAGCUUUGAGCUCCCCUGCUGAACUGCAGGCAGCCAUUGACGGCAACCGUAGGGAAGGUCGAAGGCCCAGCUACAGCUCCUCCCUCUUUGUCUACUCGCCUGCUGCCGCUGCCGCUGCCGGCGCUGCCACUGCUGGGGCCCCUGCCCUUCUGUCACCCCCUAAGAUACGCUUCCCCAUCCUCGGACUUGGGUCUAGCAGUGGCACCAGUGCCAGUAAUCCUCGGGUACCCCCAGCAGCCAAUCUCAGGAAAGGUGAUGGAGUCCCAGUGACGACAGUACCUGUGCCAAAUCGCCUGGCUGUGCCGGGGAACCUGGCAGGCCAGCAGGCUGGUAACCGGACUGCCACGCUGGAGCAGCUGCGAGACCGGCUGGAGUCGGGGGAGCCCCCUGAGAAGAAGGCGCCAAGGCUGUCGGAGGAAGAGCAGCGCCUGGUGCAGCAGGCCUUCCAGCGCAGCCUCUUCAGCGCGGCGCGGCAGCUGCCCGUGAAGAUCAGGAUCAACGGCAGGGAAGACAGAGCAGAGGCCUCGGCUGCAGCCCUGAACCUGACCACAAGCAGCAUUGGCAGCAUCAACAUGUCCGUGGACAUUGAUGGCACCACCUACACAGGUGUGCUUUUUGCCCAGAAACCUGUAGUACACCUCAUCGCAGGCUCUGCUCCCCAGAGCGUUGGCAGCAGCGCCAGCAGCAGCAACAGCUCUCACUGCUCACCAAGUCCUACCUCAUCCCGGGGCACCCCUAGUGCAGAGCCCUCCACCAGCUGGUCCCUCUGACAGGCAGUGCCAGCACUCACCCUCUGCGGCUGAGAGCGGAGGAAGUUAAUGCACAGAACUUACCUCAUCUCAUGGAGCCCACGCCACACACCAUUUGGCCAGACGUUGAGAGUUUGGACGAGUCCGUCUGUCCAGGCUCCAUUCAGGUCCUGCUGUACUCUGGGGGCAGGGAGAGGCUGGAGGGGCAGGACAGAGCAGCGUUGUCCAAUCAGGGAUUGUCCUGGAGAACUGGGUGGGGGUCUGGGCAUCCAGCUUCCCCCAGGGUUCCCCGGGCCACCUCCCAUCUCGGGGCAGUGUAUUGACAAUCUGUAAGGCGACAGAGGGCUGGAGGCCCUCCACUUCCCUUUCCCUUUAAUUUAUUUCCUUCCCCUGCUUUCCACCUUCAUCCCAGGAUCACCAGAUUCUUCCUUUGUCCAGUCUCCCACUUGUAAAUGCCACGAGGGGCUCUAAGAGCCAAGAACAUGCCUUCCUGGCUCUUGUGUUCAUGGGACAGCAGUGGAGUGUUUACAGCCCUCCUUGCCUACCACUUGGUUCCUGGGGCAUAUGUCUCAGUCAGUCCUCAGGCACCUGUGUCCCCUUUGGUGGUUCCAGAAAAGAGCCUGUGAGGGCAGUCGUCAGGUUCAAGGCCUCAGCGUAAGAGAGGCAGAGCUCAGGCUGCCCUGGCUCUGGUGCCACCUCACCGGACCCUGUUCUGAUCCCAAAACCUCAGGCUCCCCACUUGCCCGUGUUGGCCAGCUCUCCCAAGAUAGUCACCUGUCCUUGGCCCCUGUCGCCGUAUCUUGGGGCCAUUUCAGCCCCACCAGCCCCAGAUGUGCCGAUGUCAGGCUCACUGAAAUACCUCAGAUUUGUAAUUGUUGAUAUUUGAUUCUUCAGGAAGUAUUUGCAUCUCUGAGACCUUUUUUAUAUGUGUUUUGCUGACUUUCGUUCUUGAUUUUUUAAUUUUUGUUGUCGUUGCUGUUGUUGUGGCACCAAAGAAAUGAAAGCAGGCCGCCCCGGCCUGGUGCGGUUGGCAGCCAGCCCCCCUCUGCCCUGCCCACACCCCAGCCAGCAGCGCACGACUCAGGGAUCACACGGAGGGACAGCGGGGUGGAAGGGCCCGUGCUUGCCAGUGGGUCUUGAAACUACACGCGGUCCUGCUGUCCCUGCCCCAGUGGACAGGGUAGAUCUCCCCUCCCUCAGUGUUCCCACCGCAGGUCUGGGGGCUCGCCUAGUGGCCACGCUCCAGGGCCAGGAAGCUACUGAGAGCGCAUGCAGCCUCUCCUCUGGGCCUGGCUAGAGCAUGCCACUCGCUGUUGAAAGGAAUGGCAGUGCUUGUACAAGACUCAGCUCUUGGCCCAUUGUAACCUGCUGUGUUACAUAGACUACCGCCCACUGGGACUCCUCUGUCUGUAGUGGUGAAGACCUCAGCAUGGCCCACUCAGUCCUGUCUAAUAAAAGAAAGGGAAACUAAAAUAGCUUGUGCACAAACAUACCUCAGCCUGUAAGCGUGGCCCUGCUCACCUGUCUCCACUCCCUGCCCCAGUGCACACGUGCGCGCGCUCACACCACACGCAUUCACACAGCCCAUCCGCUGCAGUGCGACACACUUCCAACCUCACAAGCCUUACUCACCAGGCCCAUGCAGGGUGUGCAUAGAAAAGGGUAUCUGGGAUCUGAUGCCAGUGAGGAAACCCAUUUGGCCUGUGGGUCUCAGAAUUUGGCCAUGAAGUACACGUCCUUCCCACCUAGAGGAGGCAGGGACCAGAUCACUGGGUCUUUCUGGUCAUUGGAUCCGUCCCCUUUCCCCAGGCAGCUUACCUCCCGUCCUCUGAGUGCCCCCGCUGCCCUCUCACAGCAGCAGGCUCCCAGCCAGGAAGUAGGCUCUGGCCCAAGAGGAGCUUCCCCUGCAGUUGUGGUCCUGAAGGCCAUGUGUCAGGCAGGCAGUCAUCCAGGACAGUGCUGUCCCCUCCCCCCUUCCUAUCUUGUAUGUAUUCUAACCAGAAAAAAAUGUGAUAGCACAUGAUAGCCUAGGCCGUGAAUAAAUACCUCAGAUGUCCUCUUGCAGCGAGUGUCUGUAUAUGUUGUGGUUAUUUUCUAUCGUACAUGUUCUCGAAUGUUUAUAUUUCAAUAAACCUCUACCUCUUCACACAA